AUGCAUUGGUUAAACGGAGUAUUCCUCGUAUUUGCUGCUUGUCUCAUCGGUCUAUCCUACUCUGCAAAUCCAUCAGAAGACUCAUCCCUUCUUCGUCAAACACGAAGCUUUCCAUACUCGGUAUCUUUAUAUCGAAUGCUAGGCCAUGACCGUCAAUUGAGGCCAUAUUAUGGUGAGGAUGACGAAGUUGCUGCUAUUAUUGACGGUUUGAAUCGAGAUGAAUCAGCUCCGAGACUCCGCAGAAGUGGAGAACAGUUAAAACGAUAUGCUUGCCGAUUUAAGUUUUGUAGAAUCUUCGAUGCUUAA